AUGCAUCUGCGAUUGCCUAUUCGAUUUCGAACUCGAGCCCUGUUGGCCAUUACACUUCUAGGCUUGUGCUUGUUGGUGAGUCUUUACUUUUCACCGAUUAGUGAAAAUUACUACCAGGUGAGCAUAGAUCGCUCUGAAACAUUUACAAGAAGUUGGUGGAGGAACAUAUUUUCGUGGACACUUUCUCAAGAGAAUUCUGGUUGUAAAAAUACGAAUUCAAGAACCAUUUCAAGAAGUUUCUUGGAUACAUCGGAGAUGUACCCGAAGCUGGACUUUAGUGUGCCUGACAAUGGUAACAUGGGGUACUGGAAUAAGGCCCUGGAAAAUCGAUAUAGGGAAACCAGGAAAAGCUGGAAGGAACUACCUUUGGAGGUAAUCGUUGUUCCUCAUUCUCAUGUGGACCCAGGAUGGUUGCGAACAUACGAAGAUUACUUUGACAACUAUGUAGUUCACAUCUUGAACAACAUGGUGACUUUCUUGGACCAGACCGAUGAUUUCAAAUUUAUAUGGUCGGAGAUAUCUUACUUUUCAAAGUGGUGGAACAGUCAAAAAGAAGACACCAGAAAAACUUUGAAGAAGUUGCUUGAUAAGAAAAAACUAGAAUUUGUGACAGGAGGAUGGGUCAUGAGCGACGAAGCCACUACCAGCUAUUUUGCCAUCAUAGACCAACUUGUGGAAGGGCACCAAUGGCUAAAACACCACAUCGGAGUUUCUCCAGAGUUCGCUUGGUCUGUGGAUAUCUUCGGACACUCUGCCACCAUGCCUCACAUUCUAUCUUCGUCGGGAAUUUCAGGACUAAUUAUCCUCAGAAUACAUUACGCUUGGAAGGCCUUCCUUGCUAAAAUGAGGUGGUUUGAUUUCUACUGGGAGCAGCAUUUCACAGAUUCGUCAAGAAUUCUUACCCAUAUGGCGCCGUCUGAUCUUUACAGUUUCAAGCAUGUAUGUGGACCGGAUCGAUUCGUUUGCCUAAAAUAUGAUUUUCGAUCAGUAAUGGGCGAAUAUUCAGAAAGCACAGCUGAUAAAAUAACAGAUAGGAACGUAGAACUCAAAGCAGGAUAUCUCUUGGCGCAAUAUGGUAGGUUUGCCUCGCUUUUCCCACAUAAUAUCAUACUAGUUCCACUUGGCGACGAUUUUCGCUACAAUAUUUAUAAUGAGUGGACACAGCAGCAUACAAAUUUUCAAAAACUCAUGAGGUACAUAAACGAGAAAAAGGAAUGGAAUGCUCGCAUAAGAUUUGGCACUGUGGCUGAUUAUUUCAAUGAAGUCAAUAAACGAUUAAAAAACCAAUCAUUAAAUGCUUUACCCACACUAAAAGGAGAUUUCUUGCCAUAUGCGGAUAUUUAUGCAAACAAUAGGCCAUCUUAUUGGAACGGAUUUUACACCACAAGACCAUUUUAUAAAAAACUCGCACAAGAAUUAGAAAGCUGGCUUAGGACGUCUGAAAUCCUUUACAGCUUUGCAACCGCUACAGCUGAGAACAGUGUUCUGAAAAAGCUUAUUUCAGAUUAUGAGUUGCUGAUUUCUGCGCGACAGAAAUUAGGUCUUUUUCAACACCAUGACGCUAUAACUGGCACUUCCAAAGGUUUCGUCAUGAGAGAUUAUGGACAAAAAUUACAUACAGGAAUAAAUGACGCCAUGUCUGUGACAGCUCAUGUAGCUCAAUUAUUUUUAAUGGAAAAUACUCCUGAAGGACAAACAUGGACUUCUCAAGUUUAUCCAGAUAUCUAUAGACCUGGAUCAAACGAAGCGUCUAAGAAGCUAUCGAUCUUUGUUCCGGAUAAUGGCCGCAAAGUGAUUGUUUUUAAUCCUCUGACUAUAGAAAGGACAGAAGUUGUUCGUUUUAAGGUACGCACAGCGAAAGUUAAAGUUAUGGAUUCUUCGAAAAAUAUCAUUCUGUCCCAAAUAAAUCCCGUAUGGACAAACGAUCUUACCAUGUCGAACAUUUUAUUUGAGUUAGCAUUUGUAGUGAAAGUCAAACCAUUAUCGUUUUCAAUUUACACAAUUGCAAAAGAAAGUGAUGAACAUUUAGACGAAUCAACAAAAGCUAUAAUUUCUCUCUUUCUGAACGAUGAUCCAAUGACUACUGUUGAUAGUUCUGCGUUUAAAUUUGAAAAGCCUAUUGGGAAAGAUAUAGUAAUGGAGUCAGAGACAAUCCGUGCCACUUUUUCAAAAGCAGGAGGCUUAAAAAAUGUGUAUUUGAAACAAUCUGGAAUUUCUAAAUCUAUCAAGACUGAUAUUUUUGCUUAUGAACCUCUAGCGUAUCGAAGCGGUGCAUAUUUGUUUAAUCCCAGCUUGAGUCCCCCUGUAUUAGUAAGUAAUUUAACUGACCAUUUUCCCAUUCUGUGUCUUAUCCGUGGUCCUCUGAUGUCUGAAUUGAACAUAAUCUACCAGGACGUUUUAACGUUUUCUGUUCGGUUAUAUAACUUUGAAAAUGCUCCAGAAGGUUUGGAAAUGAAUGUAGUAAGUGAUAUUUCAAAGAUUAAGGAUUCUGAGUUAAUAUUGAGGAUAAGUAGUGAUGUAAAGCAUAACAAAACUUUUUAUACGGAUUCUAACGGAUUCCAAAUGAUCAAACGAAAGCAUGCAUCAAAUCUUCCAAUCCAGGCAAAUUAUUAUCCAGCUACAAGUGCGAUGUAUAUUGAAGACAAUAAUGACCAAUUUAGACUGAAUCUUUUGUUGCCACACAGUCAUGCGGUGACGUCAGUGUCCGGUGAUAUGGACGUUAUGAUUGAUAGACGCAUGCGCGAUGAUGAUGGUAGGGGUGUGGGUGAAGGUAUUCAAGACAAUCAAAAAAUUUCCACUUCUUUCUGGCUUUUGCCAGAAACUACUUCUCAACCUGAUAGGGCAAAUUCCGAAUUGACUUUAAGAACGCAGGUGAUAUCGCAACAGCAAAAAUAUCCUGUGGUGACGCUUCUGAUUGAAAAUCCGGAAGCAAAAUUGACGAAGGAGGAAUUUUCGUUUUUAACUAGACCAUGGCCAAGCGAAGUGCACUUAGUGAAUCUACGUACCAUUCCUUCGCAUAAAAAUUACUCUUUGCCAUCUAAUGAUUCACUGAUGAUCCUCCAUACCCACAAUGUUGGAUGCAGGACAAGUACUUUUGUGAAUGACAUAAUUGAAAACAGAAGAAUUCUUUCGUUUUCGUUUGCUGAAGCAAAGCAGAUGAAUAAAGUUUCUUUAACUGGCGUUACGCCUCUUAGCAAUGACACACUAAAUUCGACAGUGCCAAAACUCCAAUCUUAUAAACUGACAUUUAGAUGAUAAAUAAUGUAAUAAAAAAUUCA